AUGGCUGCUGACUGGCAACCGGAGUGCCUCGUGCCUCAGAAUCAGCCGUCCCUCGAGACUGUAGGAGCUCAUGCUGAUAGAGCUCUCCAGAAUACCUCUGGGAACGUUCAGUCAUACUCUGAUAGUUUGACACACGCUGAUGCCAUUAAUCGCGAGGACCACCUUCAACAGCUAGCCUUCAAGUAUCCUCACGCUUCAGCCGCCCCUCGCCCAAUCCCCACGUCUAGCUUGCAACAUCAACAAGCAGUAGUAGCCCGGCUACACGCUCGCAAGCUACGUCGUCUCCAUUCUGUUGGACCUAAUGUAGCUCCUCGAAGGGGACGAAGCUAUUUGAAGUCUCAGAAGUACUUGGAGUAUAGAGCACGUCCUCGACGUGAUACUGGCAAGGACGGUGAGCCAGUCUGGUCUGAUGAGUUGGAAGAUGCUUUCCAACAAGCUCUCGAAGCCAAUCCCCCCAUGGGCCGCAGAAAGUGGUCUGAGCGAGGCAAAUCCUAUGGACGGAAUGAGUUGAUUGCAGAGUAUAUUUACAAAUUGACUGGAAAGCGGAGAACCCGAAAGCAAGUUUCAAGUCACCUCCAGGUACUUGAUUCAUUUCUGAAAGGUGACCCCGACUGGGAAAGACUGGUUCGAGAACAGUCUGCGGAGAGAUCUAGUGGGCAUUCUCAAGCAGCUGGUCCCAAGUGGAGGGCAUCUAUGGACCAUCAAUCAGCGUCAAGUCACUAUGGCGGCCAUACAUACCCCCCUUAUCAUGACCCUAUACGAUCUGUGCAAGCAUAUGGAGAUGUACCACCCCCUCACUAUACACUGGGCUCAAACAUGCAAGAUACUGGUACAAAAAACAUUCAUGGCUUUAGCUUCGAUAUGUGGGUGAGCGCUCCUCAUCAGGCUAACCGCAUCGACAAAGCUCUCCAUGCAUACACUCGCCUUCAAGGAGAUUUGCAUCUCCCCAUCGCUCCCCCAAUGCCAUUGGAGAGUGUCAAUGGAUGGCGGUCCUCAUUUCCCCAUGUAUCGUCGUUGCUUGAUGAUCUUAAUGGACCUCUCGAUUGUGAUAUCAUUCUUCUGGAAGUAAAUCUCCAGCUUAUGACUGAUUUCCCUCCCUCGGGAUCCCGACUUGGUAUUCAGUUGGAUCUCGACUUUGGACAUCCCACUGCCGGUGAUGUUCUCAUGGUCAACCAGAUGGAAAACUGGACCUGCAGCACUCGGCUCUAUGAAGAAGGUCGUGAGCUGUGGGAAACAUAUCAUGACCUGCCCAAGCCUCAGUCGACCAAGGUCAAGCCUCUUUUCGAGUCAUCCUGGUGGGCUCGCCUUUUCACGGAGUUGACUCAGGAUAAGCGCAUUGCCGAAGAUUCAGGGCAGCCUGAAAACGUCCAUGCUACGGAUGAGCGUACACGCCGAUUCUUCCGCUCUCUGUCUGCAGUACAGGAGCUUCGCGCCGUGCCUCCGAGCUCUCGGCGCCUAUCAAAUCAAUUCCAAGGCCACCACGGCGAGGAAAGCGAGCGCAUGGCAAUUCUGCUCUGGAAGUUUCGUCAGACUCGCCCUGGUGAAGUAGGCACUACCACUUGGCGGCACUUGAUUCCUCCCCCGGAUCGCACCACCACCAAUAGUCCACGGCCUGCUUCUGGAGUCGAUCUGCCACCACUAUCCCUGGACUCCAUUCUUCUCAACAAGCCAUCUCAGGGCGUCUAUCAAACGCCUCAUACUCAAGAUCUCAUUCAUACGCAAGGCCAAGCUCAGUCUCAGUGGCCGAUCUACCCUUCCUCUCACGACAACGUCGCUAAUAUUUUCAAUUCUUCUGGACAUCUUGACUUCAUGUCCUCGAUCACCAAGCCUGAAGAUGGACUUGGUGAUAAGACUGCUGUCACGUCAGUCCUUGACUCCUUCUCGGCCAGUCUUGCUCCGGAGACCUCUCAGCCUACCAGCCUAGGUGUCUCAAGCGGUGGACCCGUGAUGAUGAACAUGCAUGAUCUUCCCUUGUCCCACCCAAGUCUAGGCUACAACAUGGGUCAUGAUGCCGGCCAGUAUGUGUCCUCGCAGCAACACGGCGUGAAUAUCCACGACAGUAAUAGCGUACUGAACGGCUUUUUCGGACCUGGUUCACAAACUCUUGAUGAUUUGAGCCAUGGCCAAGCCCCAUGGACCACUCAUUCUACCUCUAUCCCUGGUGACGUGGGAGCCGGCGGCUACCACCAUAUCCCCUUCCAGCCGGAGCACCAAGUGCCCGUAACGCGCGAACCACAACAGCCGCAUCACUUCGAUGGUCUCAUGCCACCGGACGAUCUUAUGGAUAAGAUUGUCGGUCGCAUGUCUAACGGUUCUAGCAUGCACGGGGCGGGCCCUGAGCAUGCGAACUCCGCAUAUCCGGACAAUGCUGCCGUGGAUGCUGUGUGA